AUGACAAUGCUGGGUGGAGGCGUCUCUCGUGCUAUUUCCCACCAUUUUCGAGACUGCGACCUCCAUUUCCACUUCACACUCACUUACUGUGCUUUUCAAACUUUCCACCUUUCAUCUCCACGGCUCCUCAAAUCUUGCUGGCCAGACAUCGCCAUUACUCAGAAGCACAACAGAGUGUCAUCAAAUUACCGCUGCUUUGGCACCCCAUCUAAGCCUCCUGGAGAAAUUCCUCUCCUUUUCGAUUGUUUCAGUCAACAACGAGAAGAUGAACGUGAAAUUCUCUCUGAUGGAACAUCUGCCGUGGCAGGUGGAAUUGUAGCAUUGGGAAAGUUUGAUGCUCUGCACAUAGGUCAUCGAGAACUCGCAAUUCAAGCAUCAAAAGCUGGACCUCCAUUUCUUUUGUCAUUUGUUGGCAUGGAUAAAGUACUUGGUUGGGUGCCUAGGGCUCCUAUAGUUGCUAAAUGUGACCGAAAGCGAGUUCUUUCAUCUUGGGUUCCUCAUUGUUGUAACAAAGUCCCAGAAGAGUUUCGGGUUGAAUUUUCAAGUGUACGACAUCUCAGUCCACGACAAUUUGUUGAAAAGUUAUCGAAAGAGCUCAGGGUUCGGGGAGUUGUUGCUGGUGAGAACUACCGAUUUGGGUACAAAGCUGCUGGUGAUGCGUUGGAGUUAGUAAAGCUUUGUGAAGAGUAUGGAAUGGAAGCUUACAUAAUAAAAUCUGUCAUGGACAAGAACCGUUCCUCUGCAGAUAUGAAUUCUGUCACUAACCCAAAAGAGAAGGGUCAGGUCUCGUCCACACGUGUUCGCGAAGCCCUUGCCGUAGGGGAUAUGAAGUAUGUGUCAGAGCUUUUGGGUAGGCCACACCGGCUCAUAUUUAUGGCCACUGACCAAGAAAGCUACAGUACUGGGCAGUAUAAGAUAUCUGCUUCUAGAUCCUGCAUAUUGAAUCUACCACCAAAGGAAGGUUUGUAUGAGAAGUGUUCACUUUUGCAUGAUCAGGAAAAUGUUGUGCAGUGUAGAGUAGUUAUUGACAGCAAGUUUGUGCAUAUAGAAACAGAUUACGGAGGUCUGAGUGAUAUUUUUGAUUCUCAAAAUUUGCAGUUCUUGCAUAUUGAAUUUGGUGAUUCCGGCACUUGA